AUGCGCCUGCUACAAAGCCCUGGGCUACUGGGGAAAGCCUUGAGUCUCCCCGUGGUGCAGGAGAUGGAACCAUCCAAACUGCUUUCCACACAUCCAAUCCAGAGUCACCACACAGUGCCCCUGGAUUGUAAUCCAGAUUGCAACACGAAGGAGGGAGUGGGGAGUUCCUUUGGGUACACUGCUGUAUACCGCAUGAUAGCUACACGAACGUGAAUGGAUUUAGAGGUUAAAGGAGUUGCUGCUGCUUCUAGGAGCCAAAUUCUGCCAUUCUCUGGAAGAAAGAAGUCAUUACAACAAAAAUGGACUUCCGAAUCAUGGGCAAAUCAGAAUUCCUGCCCACCAGUGGUUCCACGACUUGAUUUGGGAAGCCUUGUUGACUCUGAUGAUGAGGAUGAUUUUUCAUAUAUUCCACUUAGUACAGCACAGGUUCAUUUUAACCCACCAAAUUCAUCUUCUACUCUUGGCUGGGUCACACCAGGUCAAAUACCACAUACUCAGCAUCAUCUAUAUGAACUGGAACAGGACGUGAUACCUGAAAAUUUACCAGCACCAACAGAAAAAUAUAAACUAAAAUAUCAGCAAUAUGAAACUGAAAUGAGAGAGGGAUAUAGGCAGUUUAGUCAGAGAAAUGCAGAAAAGACAAAAUCAAAUAUCACUUAUCAACAAUCUCCCAGAAAUAAGAUAGAUAAAAAGUGUGUACAAGGUGACGAAGCCAACACAGAUGACCUUACAACUCUGGAUAGGAAAGCUCUCUUACAGCAAGGUUAUGCACACAACCCUUAUAGUACGCAACACAGUGCAAGAAAAUUGGACGCAGAAAUUGCGGCUGCAGAGAAGAAAAAGCAGACUGUUGCAGAGCAAGUGAUGAUAGACCACUUAUCCAGGGCUGUAAUCAGUGACCCAGAACAAAAUUUAACCAUUCAGAGAAAAGGAAGCGCUCGUAUCCUUCAAGAUUCAAAGACAGCCCCUGUUCGACUUAGAAAAAGAACACUGCAUGAAACAAAGAUAAAAACCCAUUCUACAUUAACCGAAAAUAUGCUUUCUCAUAAAGUACAAUUUGAUGGUAGGAUCAUAUCAAGAAAUGGACGUGAUGCUUGUAGAGAGCUGAUCGGGUUCUUUUUCACUCAUGACCAGUCCCUUACAAUUUAUGAAUAUCGACAAUUUGGGAAAAAUAGAACAAAUGUGCUGCCUUUUAUUCAAAAAAGCAUUUAUUGUCAUCAGUGUGGACGAAGAAAAGGAAAACAGUACCAACUUGGUGAUUUUCAUGUUGAAAUCUUGUCUCUUGGUACUUUGAAAGGCUUUUCAAAGCUGUAUCAGUGGGUAAGUGGCUACCUCAGCAGCACCAGGAGUAAUGCUCCAUCUACAGCAGAUGUGCUAAAAGAAAAACUACAUAAAAGAAGUGUUCGUAUUUUGACUGGAUUGGGAAGAUACUUUCAACGAUUGGACAAGGAAGGAAAUGGACUUUUAGAUAAAGCAGCUUUUAAGCAAGCUCUAAAAGUAUUUCACUUAGAAGUGUCUGAAAAGGAUUUUGAGUCUUUGUGGCUAAUUCUGAAUGUCAAUGGUAAUGGCAAUGGCAAAGUUGAUUACGGAGAAUUCAAACGUGCCAUUUUUGGUGAAAUGAAUGAAUAUAGGAAAUCAUUUGUUCGAAAGGCCUUUAUGAAACUAGACUGCAACAGAACUGGAAGUGUGCCUAUUAUAAACGUAAGAAAAUGUUAUUGUGCAAAGAAGCAUUCUCAAGUAAUUUCAGGCCAUUCCACAGAAGAAGAAAUCAAAUCAUCAUUUCUAGAAACAUUAAAAGAUACCUGCAGCAAGUCUGAUGAAGUGUCAUAUGGUGAAUUUGAAGAUUACUAUGAAGGUUUAAGUAUUGAGAUAGCAGAUGAUGAAGAUUUUGUUAACAUCUUACGUACUCCGUGGGGAAUUUAGUUUUAAAUGAUGACUAUGUUAUCAGCACUAAGCAUUUUAUUGGAGAGAUGAAUUGAAUGUAAAGGACGAUGAAACGCUGGAGCAUAUAGUUUUCUAGUACUGCCUUUAUUCUGUUUU